AUGACCCGGUUGAUGUUGGGCCGAACUCUUGAGCGCAUCUGCAAGGGUGUCCUUUUGCUCUGCCUGCUCCACUUCAUCAUCAUGAUGAUCCUCUACUUCGACGUCUACUCUCAGCGCUUCGACCUCUUCAGCCGCUUUAACAACGGACGCAACGGCUCCCGGAAUAAUGCCAGUGGACCUCAUUUUUACUUAUACAACAUUUCCAGGCCGAAUGCCACUGUUGCUAGCUACAUAGCUACGGGUGAGCAAGUGGGGCCCACCGUGCAGCCUCACGCUAACCGGACACCUUCGCCCAAGCCCCUGCCGCCGUGUCCUGAGAACCCCCCCGGCCUGGUGGGCCGCCUGUUGAUCGAGUUCAGCUCCCAGAUGACAAUGGAGCGGGUGCAACGAGAGAACCCAAACGUGACGGAGGGAGGCCGCUACACACCGCCUGACUGUCGGUCUCGGUGGAAGGUUGCCAUCAUCAUCCCAUUCCGUCAUCGGGAGAACCACCUGAAGUACUGGCUGCACUACCUCCACCCCAUCCUGAGACGUCAGAGGAUCGAUUACGGCAUCUACAUCAUCAAUCAGUUGGGUGAAGACACAUUCAACCGCGCCAAACUGCUAAACAUUGGCUACGCGGAGGCGCUGAAGGACGGCGACUACAACUGCUUCAUCUUCAGCGACGUGGACCUGAUCCCCAUGGACGACCGAAACCUAUACCACUGUUACGAGCAGCCCCGACACUUUGCCAUCGCUAUGGACAAGUUUGGCUUCAGGUUGCCCUACGCCGGCUACUUUGGGGGCGUAUCAGGCCUUAGUAAAAAACAGUUCCUGAAAAUCAAUGGCUUUCCCAACGAUUACUGGGGCUGGGGAGGGGAGGAUGACGACAUCUACAAUAGGAUAACUCUAAAUGGGAUGAAGGUGUCCAGGCCGGACGUGCGCAUCGGCCGCUACAGAAUGAUUAAACAUGAGAGAGACAAACACAAUGAGCCAAACCCUCAAAGGUUCAAUAAAAUCCAGAACACCAAGAACACCAUGAAGAAGGACGGCAUCAGCUCACUCACCUACAGAGUAGUGCAGAUCAAAAGGUACCAGUUAUACACCAACAUAUCCGUAGAGAUCGGAAAACCACCACCUCGGCCUUUCAAGGGAUAG